GCAGAGAGGGGAGGGAAAGGAAGGGAGAGGCUGGCGCCAGUGCCAAAGGGAAACUUUCCUACAGCUCAACCUCGGCCAGCAGAAAAACCAACAAACAUGCGGGCACACACCGCGGAUAAAUCCCAGUGAGUGCAGGAGCGCGGCUGCGAGUGAGCAGGGCAGAACUGGAGCAUCGGCGUCUCAUCCCUGCAGCCUGUGUGCCCAGAGCCAGCCCUAGUGCGAUGCUCCUCGUCCUGCUGCCAGUCUGGCUGGCCCUGGGCAUCCUGCAGUUGCCCCUCGGCAGCACCCAGGAGUGUCUGAGCCAGCAGCAGGCUCUCGGGGCAGUGCGGCAGAUGCAGAAGCUGCUGGUGGUGCAGGAGGCUGCCCACCUGCGAGGCACACAGGGUCUCCGGCAGCAGCUCUCUGUCCUCCAGAGCCACCUCCAGAGACAGGCCACCAAACGCAAUGAGACCUGUCCGCAGCCAGCAGUGCCCCUGAAUGGACGGAUGCUGGGCCAGAACGUGCGGGUGGGCCAUGACAUUCACUUUGUCUGCAACGCCGGGUUCCGGCUGGUGGGCUCGGAGACACGCACCUGCCGGCACAACCGCACAUGGAGUGGCACCCAGCCCUUUUGCAGAAGUAUCGAUGACUGCUCCAGCAACCCGUGUGCCAAUGGUGGGACCUGUGUGGAUGGCAGCCAGAGCUACACGUGCCUCUGCUCCCCGGGCUGGUCAGGCCCCAGCUGCCAGAGCCCCAUCUAUGCCUACUGGGUGACAUUGAGCAAUGCCUCCUUCAGCCGCCAGCCCCGCUGUGCCGAGGGCCGCCCGGGCUCCCGGCGCUGCAGCUGCGAUGCCGGCUUCCAGAUGCGAGCUGGUGGCAUGUGCCAUGAUGUGGAUGAGUGCCAGCUCUUCCAGUCCAACCCCCAGACCCGGAUUUGCCUCCAUGACUGUCUCAAUCUCCCCGGCUCCUACCGCUGCCUCUGCCCCCCUGGAUAUCUGCUCCAUGUCGACCACAACACCUGUGAGGAUGUGGACGAGUGCACCAGGAAGCAGCACAACUGCACCCAGGGUGACCUCUGCAUCAACACCUUUGGGGGCCACCGCUGUGUUCGCCCCAAGUGCCCCCCACCACGCCACAACACCAGCUAUGUCAAGACCUCUGCCUUCCAGUGCGAGAGGAACCCCUGCCCCAUGGAGAGCCGAGCCUGCCGCUUGGCUGCCACCUCCAUCUCCUUCCACUACUUGCCGCUCCAGGCCAACGGCACGGUGCCCCGUGUCCUCUUCAAGAUGUCCACCACCCGCUUUGUGGGUGAUAGCCUGCGCUUUGCCAUCAUGGGUGGCCGGGGCCAGGGGGUCUUCGCCGUGCGGCGCUCUGACCGGCAGACGGGAGAGCUGGUGCUCACCAGCCCCGUGGUGGGGCCAGCCACGCUGGAGGUGGAGCUGGAGAUGAGCGAGUUCUCCCGCAAGGUCCUCCUGGGCAAGCAUAUCUUCAAGGUCACAGCCUUUGUGUCCCCAUAUGAGUUUUGAUCCGCUUUGGAGGCAGGUUUGUGGCCAAGCCAGGGUCUCUCCUGGGAAGUGACAGAACUCAGUGGUCCCAGUUCUUGUCCCAUUGGAGACAUCCCUCUCCUGCAAUGCUUGCUCAUGGCUGGUAGGGUGAAGCCACAGCAGAAAGGGUGCCAGUGACAAAGGCUGCAAGGAAAGCCCAAGUGGCUGCACCUUGCAUUGCUCUGUGAGCAGGGGAACCAUCCUGGGGGUGCCUGCUUCUGCCAGUCCCCCUCCUCUCUGCCUGCAUGGCACACAGAUGGGCAUGGGAGAGUGAGCUGAUGAUACGUGGCAUCCAGGUCUGGCUCCUUGUAUCUUGUAAACUCUAAUAAAAGAAAAGCAACUGUA